AUGGAAAUUGAACGAAAAAUGCUGACGCCGUCGCCGAGUCAUUUGCAAAUACGUUCUCUGGAGGUAGUGGAGCAGCUUCUAUUGCCGUUGGAGCGGGGUCAGCGGCUCGAUGCCAUGAUCUACGCGUCCAUCUACCUGCAGUGGAUCAACACGGGGCAGAUCCCGUGCGUGGAGGACGGCGGGCACAGGCGGCCCAAUCGCCACGCGGAGAUCUCCCGCCGCAUCUUCCGCUGGCUCGAGAAGGAAGGCACCAGGAGCUCUGCUCUCACGUCUGAGGUGCGUGCUGUGUGUGGGUGCCGUGUGUGGGUGCUGUGUGUGGGUGCUGUGUGUGGGUGCUGUGUGUGGGUGCUGUGUGUGGGUGCUGUGUGUGGGUGCUGUGUGUGGGUGCUGUGUGUGGGUGCUGUGUGUGGGUGCUGUGUGUGGGUGCUGUGUGUGGGUGCUGUGUGUGGGUGCUGUGUGUGGGUGCUGUGUGUGGGUGCUGUGUGUGGGUGCUGUGUGUGGGUGCUGUGUGUGGGUGCUGUGUGUGGGUGCUGUGUGUGGGUGCUGUGUGCUGAACCCCCUUGCAUUUUCCGUCCGUUGCGCUUGCUCUCCAUCCGCGCCUGCCCGCCUUCCCACAUUGAUGUGCCCGCCCCGGUCUUCCCCCACUUCCCCCCUUACCCCCCUCAGGAGAAAGCGGAGAAAGUGGUGAUGCGCAAGAUUCAUCCGCGCCUGCCCGCCUUCUCUGCUGACUUCACGGCGUCAGUACCCCUCACUCGCAUCCGAGACAUUGCUCACCGCAACGACAUCCCACACAACCUUAAGGCGCAGGGUGAGUACAAUGAGGGCUUGAAGCAUACUGGAGGACGGCAGGGGGGCUAUCACACCAUUCCCUCUUCUCUCGUGCUUCUGUUUCUCGUUCCCCCCCUUCCCCCUCCGCCUUUCCCCCUCAAUCCCCUCUCCGCCACCCUCCAACAGCAAGAGAUCAAGCACACGAUUCAGAACAAGCUGCACCGCAACGCCGGGCCCGAGGACCUGGUGGCCACGGAGCUGCUGCUGCGCCGGGUGACCCGCACGCCAGGCGAAUACAGCGAGGCGUUCGUGCAGCAGCUGAAGCUGUUCUACGCUGAGCUCAAAGACUUCUUCAAUGCGAGCAGCCUGACCGAGCUCCUGGAGGGCAUUCGCCCCUUUCUGGAUGACACGGGCUCUGCCAUGCUUGAGAGGAGCAUUCAAGCGCUCCUUUCUGGUCGGACGGAGCUCCUGGAGAGCAUUCGCCCCUUUUUGGAUGACACGGGCUCUGCCAUGCUUGAGAGGAGCAUUCAAGCGCUCCUUUCUGGUCUGACGGAGUUGCUGGAGAGCAUUCGCCCCUCACUGGACGAUACAGGCGCUGCCAUGCUGCAGAACUUCCUCGCGUGCAAGCAGGUAAGGGGUGAGGAUUCAGCAGGUGGGGCGAGGAUUGCGCAGGUAGCAGGUGCGGGUGAGAAAAUCGACAGAACGUCGAUGCACUGCCGUCUUUGGCAGGUGCAUCAGGAGAGUCGGCACAGGGGGGACCAGCGUCAGGGCGGCCCACUGACGGCUGAUAACGUCGAUGCACUGCCGUCUUCAGCAGGUGCAUCAGGAGAGUCAUCACAGGGGGCGGCAGCGUCCGGUCGGCCGACUGACGUGCUGAUGUCAGCGCUGCAUGCGCUGACAGGGCUGCGGGCCGUGCUGAUGUAUUCCCUGGAGAGUGGGCUCAGGAACGAUGCUCCUGAUGAUGCCAUUGCCAUGCGGCAGAAGGUGAGAAGCAGUUUGGGUGAAGGUGGGGUGAAGGUGAGGGAUACGAGUGGGCUCAGGAACGGUGCUAUGAUGCCAUUGCCAUGCGACAGAAGUGGGCUGAGGAAUGACGCACCUGAUGAUGCCAUUGCCAUGUGGCAGAAGGUGCGGGAAAGGUGGGGAAGAAGGGUGAUCACAGUUGGGGGAAUAGGGACGAAGUGGCGACUGGCGGAGAUCUGUCUGGAGGAGUAUUUCUUCGUGCUGCUGAGCAGGUUUCUGAACGAGCUGUUUGACGAGGAAGGGGGAGACAAGGCAGCGGAGGGCAUGGCAGGGGAGAUCCGCAUGGGGCAGCUGGGGCACGUGGGGGUGGCGCUGGGGGCGGCAGUGCUGGGGCUGAGGCACCUGGGGCUGUCCGGGUGGAACCAGGCAGAGUGCUUCUGUCUUGAGAACGAGCUGGCGUCCUGGCAGGCUGCUGGCAUCGGCAGUGCAGGUGUGGCAUCAGAGCAUGAUCUGCGGUGGUGGGCGUUGAGGCUCAAGGCUUCUUUGGACCGCAUGAGGCGACUCACAGAGGCCUUCACAGAGACCACACUUGAGCUCUUCUUCGAGCCCUCGCAGAAGCUAGGCCACGCACUGGGAAUCGAGGAGAACGCUGUGCGGACGUUUGCAGAGGCUGAGAUUCGAUCCAGUGUGGUGUUUCAGCUGGCAAAGCUCACCUCUCUGCUGCUGCGUGUGAUGCGGUCGGUGCUGGGGGCUGAGGGCUGGGAUGUGCUUGUUCCUGGCACUGCAGUGGGCAAGCUCGUGGAGGUGGAGCGUAUAGACCCUGACCUCCUGGCAACGCUCAAGGGCGAGCAGGGGGUGGUGCUGCUGGUGCAGCGUGCAGAGGGGGAUGAGGAGGUGAGUGCGGGGGGUGGGUGA